AUGUAAAUUGUGAUGGAGAGUACUGAACUUACUUUUACUUUUCUAAUUAUUCUGACACCAGUAUUUAUAGAGUAUGAGAACUUAGACUAAAGCGAAAGCAAAUAACACUUAUGGAAUGCUGGUGGGCUCAAUGAAGAUCUCAUAUAUAUUGUUUUAAUAAAUGCUUUCUAAAUUAUGAUAUUUAGUAUAAUUGAUUUUUAGUACGCUUGGCAAUUAUAUGAUUUAUUUAAUACAAAUAUUUAAAUAAGAAUUCAACUUUAACAUAAUUUGAAGCUAACUAAAUAACUUAAAAAAAAUAAACUUUAAUGA